AUGCGUGCUUCUGAUUUUGCCAAAGCUGCACUACCAGCUUUCGCUACUUAUGUAGCGGCAGCUAAGAAUUCGGGACCAUUUUCUCUGUAUGCUUAUGGUCCUGAUGUUGGUGGACUUUCGCUAUUCUCUGCAGGCGAUGCGAUAUAUGUAGGCAACUUCAGCCGCCUCGAUGAUGUCCAGGCCGCACCAAUUCAAUUCACCUUUUCCAACAAUGAGUUGAAGGCCUCCCCCAACACCACGGAUCUUCCGGGCGAUAAACAUCCUACCUGGUCAAACAAGCCGCUCGUCAUCCCUGGUCCAUCGUCUGCAUCCAAGACUGUCAAAAUGGUCAACAGCACAGCCAACACUAGUAACUACAUCUCAGACUUCAUGUUUUACGGAUCGUUCUUUAUGGCUGAGGAAAGUGGAGAAAUGCUUUCUCUCUGGUAUAGACAGGACACUGACAUUGAGGGUGUCUAUACUGUCGGCUGGAAUGCUUCGACCUCGGCGAAGUCAGAUGAAGUGGUGCCUCUCACUUUGAAGAGGACUGCGCCAUCGAACCCAUCUAAUUAG